AUGCGCAUCGACAUUCUGGGAACGGCUGCAUCAACAGUUCUCUUGGGCCUAAACACAGUACCAGUACAGGCUCUGAGACCUUGCCCCCUCUUUGGACCAGAUUUGCCCAUUCCGACAGCGCUGAGUGAUGAUGUUUCCAUCAGAAAUGCCCUGUCCGAAAUCCUGCAGCUUGUUCCAAGCCUCGACAUUGACUUCCAGAACACAUCUUUCUCUAUCGACAUCUAUCCAGCGGCAGACCAACGACCCCUUUUCAGCUACCAUCACUCGGCUCCAACUCUGCAGAAGCACGGUCACGGCGUCCAAGCCGUCAACGACACGACAGUGUAUCGCAUAGGUAGCAUUUCCAAAUUGCUCACAGCUUAUGCCUACCUACUUGAGGUUGGAGAUGUGUCGUUCAACCAGCCAGUCACGCGUUACGUACCUGAGCUGGCAGAUAUUUCUGCAAGGCUAAGGAACAAGUCAGCCUCUGCUCUUCAAUAUGUGGACUGGGACGCCAUAACCAUCGGCGCGCUCGCAUCUCACAUGGCUGGCAUACCGCGAGACUUUCCGAGCCCUGCGUCAGCGGACCGCCAGCUAGCACGGUUGGGAUUUCCGCCAGUCCGGGCAGUAGAUUUCGCCUACUGUGGGAAAAGCGUCUUGUAUCCCUGCAACCGCACUGCCUUCUUUGACGCCAUACAGACACGUCACCCAGUCGAAGCGGCCUUUUUAACGCCUAUAUACUCCAACAUUGGUUACCAAAUCAUGGCUUAUGCGCUUGAGAAUAUAACUGGAACAACGUAUCCUGAUAUUCUAUCGCGCCAACUUAUCCUCCCUCUCGGUUUGAAUUCCACGAGUUAUGCUAAGCCAGCCAACACCGACUCGUCUGUCAUACCUGAUAGCCCUAGCAGUUCUUGGUAUGAUGUCGACACGCGUGAUGAGGGACCAGCCGCAGGAAUAUAUUCGUCGAUUGCGGACCUACGCAGGAUCGGGCAGUCGAUCUUGACGUAUGAGAUGUUGUCGCCCUCCCAAACCCGACGAUGGAUGAAACCCCUUAGUUUUACUUCUGAUCCACAGGUUGCAGUCGGUGCGCCAUGGGAGAUUGCUCGUGUUACAUCUACCACCAACAGAGCCAGCUGGAUGUACACGAAGGGUGGUCAGCUGGGGAUGUACAGCAGUCUGAUGGCUUUGCUACCUGAUUGGGGCGUCGGACUCACUGUUCUAGCCGCGGGGACCGGCGCUUCGGGGGUGGUGGGCAUGAUUCCGGGUGCGAUGGUUUCAAAGCUUGUUCCUGCUUUGGAGCAGGCUGCUAAGCGACAAGCAAGACAAAGUUACAGUGGCCGCUACGGAGACGAAAGAAAUGGCAUGACGGUAGCUGUGCAAGACAGUCUACCGGGACUAGGCGUCACGUCUUGGUUUUUCGAUGGCCGUGACAUGUUUGAUUCGAUCCGACUGAUGGUCUCAGGGUCGUCGACUGGAUCAGGGAACGUCAGCAUGAGAUUGUACCCGACGGGGUUGCAGACGCAAACAGACGGAAAGGCUAGACUUGAGAGUUGGCGGGCGGUCUACGAGAUCAUUGACGCCGCCUCUCCACCCAGUCCGUACUGUGCUAGCUGGUUCGGCGUAGAUUCAGUCACGUAUGGAGGCGUAUCUAUCGACGAGUUUGUCAUCGAUCUUUCGGCGGACGGCACUUCUCAGGGUAUCACCAUAAGCGCCUUUGAUACUCGGCUUGAAAGGGUACGGCGUUGA